CUUGAACAGUUUAAGAACAAUUUCAAAGAACUCGCAACAGGCGCCGAUAAUCACUGGGUUAAUUGCAUCUUCGUUGGCCAAUAUGUCUGCUUAUAACACCUGUUUCUUAUCUACUUUAUACAACUGGAGGAAAGUAAACAAUGUCCAUUUUUGACCAAUUUCGAGAUAUUGAACCUGAUCGCAUCCGCAAUAGCAUAGUAUCAAUUAUUGCAGGAUUUUUAUUUGCAUUAGGCUGGUGGAUAGCAAUUGACGCAGCUGUACUUUUCGCUGAAAACAAUUCUUUACCUAAUGCAUAUCAUACAGCUGGAGUAUUCAGCACCAUUGCUUUCAUAUUAAUUAACAGUGUUCCUAACGGAGUGUUGAGAGAUGAAUUUUCAGACAGUCGUAUCGGUCGUCGUGGAGCACUUAUAUGCCUAUUUUUCGCUUUCUCAAUGGCAUUUAGUAGUACAAUAGCUGCAUGUUGGAUACUAUUUGGAGGUUAUAUCGCUGUAGAUAAAACACCAGUAUGGCCAGGUGUAGCUAUACUAUUACAAAAUCUACUAAUUUGUAUAUCAUCAAUUUUAUUCAAAUUUGGCAGAAAAGAUCUUAGUGAUUUCUAAUCUGCUCAUUUUAAAAAUAUUAUUCUCACUUGAUUGCUCACUCAUCGAUUCAUUUAAUAACAUUAUCGUCAUAGUACCAAAUGAACAAUGAAUUCAAUGAAAAAGCAUUUCCUCAUUUCAUUUACUUCUUGAAAAAAAUAUUUUUAUUUUCCAAUGAAAAAAAUUACUUCAAAUAAAGUGUAAACGUUUUUGUUUUUUGUUGUAACUGUGUGUGUACGUGUGUGCAAUUAUGUGUUUGACAUAAUUAAACUUUAAUACCACAUUUGAGAACAUAUCUAUUGUAUUCAAUUAAACAAUACAUUCAAUACAUACAACAUUCAAUAAUAGUCCUUUUCAUUUUCGGUGGAAAACAUAAAAAUGCCUCUAAAAUAAAAAUAAAAAGUUUUAAAUAAAAGUUAAGUAAUGUAUGUGUCGGUGUGCACAUGUUCUGCUGUUAUUUUAUGAAUGAUUAUUCCACUUACCUUGAAUGGGAUAUUUUUUUCGGCCGAAAAAUUGUUGUUCAUUUUCUUCUGCAAUACACUGAGGAUGAAUAAUUCAAUAAAAAUGUAGGUAGAUA